AACUAGGUCAUCUGACCAACUGGCACGCCCGUCAUUUUCGACAGGAGAAAGACCGUUCACCUGCUCACUCAGUGGGAAUGGAUUCACUCGGUCACCUCAAUUGAAGCUACAUCAGCAAUUUCACACUGGGAAAGGACAUUCAACUGCUCUGUGUGUGAGAAGGGAUUCAGUCGGUCAUUCCACCUGUGGACACACCAGUCAGUUUCCAUUGGGCAGAGGAUGGUCAUCUGCUGAAUUUUUGGGGAAGGAUUUACUCGGUCAUCUCACCUAAUGGCGCUCCAGCGAGUUCACACUGGGGAGCAGCCGUUCACCUGCUCGGACUGUGGGAAGGGAUUCACUAAACCAAUUCCCCUACCGAGACAUCAGUCAACUGACGCUGGCGAGCGGCCAUUCACCUGCUUAGACUGUGGGAAGGGAUUGACUUUGACAUCUCACCUACUGACACACCAGCCAGUUCACACUGGGGAGAAGCCGUUCAUCUGCUCAGUCUGUGGGAAGGGAUUCACUCAGUCAUCCAAACUAGAAAGUCAUCAGCGAGUUCACACUGGGGAGAAGCCGUUCACCUGCUCGGACUGUGGGAAGGGAUUCACUCACUCAUCCACCCUAGUGAGUCAUCAGCGAGUUCACACUGGGGAGAGGCCAUUCACCUGCUCGGCUUGUGGGAAGAGAUUCACUCAUUCAUCCAACCUACAGCGUCAUCAGCGAGUUCACACUGGGGAGAGGCCAUUCACCUGCUCGGCUUGUGGGAAGAGAUUCAGUCAGUUAUCCAACCUACAGCGUCAUCAGCGAGUUCACUCCGGAGAGAGGCCGUUCAUCUGCUCAGACUGUGGGAAGAGAUUCACUCUUUCAUACAAACUGCAGAGUCAUCAACGAGUUCACACUGGGGAGAAGCCGUUCACCUGCUCAGAAUGUGGGAAGGGAUUCACUCACACAUCCCAUUUACAGAGACACCAGCGAGUUCACACUGGGGAGAAGCCGUUCACCUGCUCCGUCUGUGGGAAGGGAUUCAAUCGGUCAUCCACCCUAAAGAUUCAUCAGCGUGUUCACACUGGAGAGAGGCCGUUCACCUGCUCAGAAUGUGGGAAGAGAUUCACUCUGUCAUGUAACCUGCAGACACAUCAGCGAGUUCACACAGGCGAGAAGCCAUUCACCUGCUCCGUCUGUGGGAAGAGAUUCAGUAAGUCAUCCAACUUACUGGUACAUCAUCGAGCUCACACUGGUGAGAAGCCGUUCACCUGCUCAUUCUGUGGGAAGAGAUUCACUGAGUCAUCCCGCCUACAGAAUCAUCAGCGAGUUCACAUUGGGGAGAAGCCAUUCACCUGCUCAGUCUGUGGGAAGAGAUUUACUCAGUCAUCCCACCUACAGAGACAUCAGCGAAUUCACACUAGGGAUAAGCCCUUCACCUGCUCCGUCUGUGGUAAGAGAUUCUCUAAGUCAUUCAACUUACUGGUACAUCAGCGAGUUCACACUGGGGAGAAGCCGUUCACCUGCUCAGAAUGUGGGAAGAGAUUCACUGAGUCAUCUCACCUACAGAGUCAUCAGCGAGUUCACACUGGGGAGAAGCCGUUCACCUGCUCAGAAUGUUGGAAGGAAUUCACUCAGUCAUCCCACCUGCAGAGACAUCAGCGAGUUCACACUGGGGAGAAGCCAUUCACUUGCUCGGACUGUGGGAAGGGAUUCACUCAGUCAUCCAGCCUACAGAGACAUCAGCGAGUUCACACUGGGUUGAGGCCAUUCACCUGCUCAGAAUGUGGGAAGAGAUUCAGGGAGUCAUCCCACCUACAGAAUCAUCAACGUGUUCACACUGGGGAGAAGCCGUUCACCUGCUCAGAAUGUGGGAAGAGAUUCACUCAGACGUCCCACUUACAGAGACAUCAGCGAGUUCACACUGGGGAGAGGCCAUUCACCUGCUCGGAAUGUGGGAAGGGAUUCAUUCAGUCAUCCAGCCUUCAUAGUCAUCAGCGAGUUCACACAGGGGAGAGGCCGUUCAGCUGCUAAGAAUGUGCGAACGGAUACAUUCAGUCAUCCCAACUACUGGCACAUCAGUCAGUUCACAAUGGGGAGUGGUUGUUGUUAAGUAUCCCUAGGUAUCGUUUGCUGUGGACUGUUAUUUUAUAUGAGAGAGAGAGAGAAGAGAGAAGAGAGAGAGAGAGAGAGAGAGAGAGAGAGAGAGAGAGAGAGAGAGAGAGAGAGAGAGACUGAGACUGACUCGCAGCUUGUUUAAUAUUAACCGAGGACACAGACACUCAGAGCCAGACAGAAACGAAGGAGGAGAAAUGGAACAGUCAACACAUAGGAACUAGUGGCCAAGGGUCACUAUUUGUGACUUUCCUAUGCCCACAAGGGUGGGUUAAUUAUUGAUUCAACAUAAUGUACAUCGAAUGUGGGGUUGUCACCUCGUUUGAUCCAUAGGAGUGGAUCUGAUUGGGAUAUCCUGUGAAGACCACUGAUGUGUUAACCCUUGCCUGGGUGUGUUGUGGUAAUUCACUUGAAGACAGUACCCCUUUUGACAAGUCAUUUUCGAAGAUAAUUUGUAUGUGGAUUUGGAACGACGGA